AUGGAGGCUUCACCUCUCACGCAACAAAUUCGGCCCCAGACGUUCAAGCCGAAGAUCGUCGAGCUUUACGAGACUCUCUUCAAGACGACGGACCAUGAUGAAGUGGAAUUCUCCGAGGGUUUUUGGAGGGAGUUCUUCCUUCUCCCCCCCGAUCGCGCUCAGCUGCACUCCCUGCUGGACGGGCUGAGUGCGGAUCAGAUGCUCAGUUUACAGACGCAAACAAAUGCUUUGUUCGCCCGUGCUAUGCAUGAGGCCUCGGCCCGGAAUGGCCCUGCAGACUCAUAUGCAUUAGAUACGCUUGCCGUCUUCUUGACUAGCGUUCUGAGCAAGAAGUACACAAAUCCUAGCUCGGAUGUGAUUGCGGUCCUUGCUGGUCUCGACGAGGUAGACCGUGUCAUAUCCGAGUUUGUGGCCAUUCUCGAUGGGAUCGUGCGUGGAGGCGAAAGUCUCGAUCUCCGCCAAAAAGCAAUUCGAGUAGCCGUUGCCAUGACCGGCGGGGCCUACAAGACAAGCUUGGUCUCCUACUUCACUCACCGGGACCUCUUCCCGUCAUUGAUGAAGUAUGUCAACGACUCCGAAAAUUGCACAGAGAUCUUUGAUCCGUUCUUAUUAUUAGGUUUGCUGGCGAACUACAACAAAUUUGAAUUCCAAAACCCCUACCAGCUGCGACUGGAUGAUUUUGUCAAUGAAAGCAGCAUUCAAAAGAUCGUCAAGGGCGUGGGAACGGCUUGCGGUGACCUCCGGAAUGGAUAUGUUGCCAUUCAGGAUGACAUCCCCGAAGGAUGGACCUUGAGCAAUACACUGGGUUUAUUGGGGCUUCGGGCAUUCACUCCCGGAGCAAAAAGCAAAGCUAACCCGCCGACGGCCGAAGAGGCAAAGGCACUUUUUGUGGAGCUCCCAUCCCGAGAGGCCGCCAUCCUCUUAGCGACAUACGACUUUACGAACUCGAACAAGCUGUUCGGUUACCACUUGGUUCAUAUGAUAGCCGAGAAGCAUGAAGAGUCUCCCUUUUCCAGCUUUCUCUCCCUUUCAUCCUAUCUCUUACACCACGCAUAUCGCUCGCCACGCGUAGCACACUACGCUGAACUCAGUCUUUUCACCCUCCGCAUCAUUGUCGAAGACCCCACGCUUUGCAAGCGUCUUUGCAGCGAUGAAGGUAAACGUCGGGUCAGACUCUGCCGCCAGCGCCAGCCUUAUCUCCCGGUUGUCAGUGGAGACCGUGUUCUCGCCACUGUUAUUCUCGACGUGAUGAUCGAUACCAUUACUCACAACCUCCGACGGCGAUUAGACGUCAAUAUUUAUAGUCACACGAUCGCAAUCACUCUCCGCCUCCUCACCUAUCUCUCCAUGAAUAAAAUCCGACUGGCCUACCACUGGUCCGAGCUCUGGCGCACUCUCCUAUCACUCAUGCGCUUCCUGACAACCUACGCCACCGAUCUUUCGUCCACCUCCAACAUCCAAACCCUAACCUCCUCUCUCGUCGAUCUUCUGGCCUUUUGUGUUUCCGCAGGAGACACUUUUCUACCGGAUCCAUCAUCAUAUGACGAUCUCUUCUACAAGCUCGUUGAAACAGGGCCGGUGAUCUCCAAAUUCAGAAAUGCCUACGGCUUCGCAAAUGCCCGGACAGGAGGGUCUUCAGACCUUCCCACCUCCACCUUAUCAGCAAAGGACGUUCACGCCGCAGCCAUCAAUACGCUCCUCUCCGUAUCGACACAUUUCCACACUCUGCUCUUCCAGCCCGACGGGCAGGACGUCGCAGCUUCGGUGGCAGCGGCCGUGGUAGCUGGGCCCAAUACAGAAGGGGAACCUGCACCCGUGCCCUUGCCGUCGAUCAAAAAGAAGAAUCUGAGCCCACGAGAGGUGCAUCGGAUUAUUAAGCAGGGAUAUGACACGUUGAGUAUUCAGCCGCCGGAAGGGUUGACGGCCUGGUCGCGGUGGAGAGAAACAGAGUGGAAGAGUGAAUUGAAGAGGGCGGCGCGGUAUGCGGUAGAUGAUGCGCGGCAGUUGGUUCUUGCGGGCGGAAGUUCCAAAUAG